UAAAUUUACGUAGAGAACUAUUUCCUUGUGUCACCGGCAAUUUGAUUGGCCAGCGAAAUUUAAAUCUCUUUCCCGUUAAACAACAAACAAACUCGACUCAUUCAUUUAUUUUUAAUUCGAUUCUUAACGCUUCACUAUGACGUCAAUACACUUUGGGUUCUUAGCCAAAGAAAAUGUUGGGUCUUCAGCCAAUUUAAAGGGCAGAACAGCUUCUAACCAAAAAGAACUCCAAGAGAACUUUGUCACACCUCGCCGUGCUCUGGGGGAUGUUAAUAAAAAUGUGCGUACAGGGCAAACUCCAUUGUCAAAACCAGUUUUUCUUGGAGAGCAAAAUCCUGAAAAAGAAUCGUGCAAGAAGAAGAAGAAUCGUCGUGCUUUAGCCAGUAUUUCAGAGAAUGAAUUGAAACAAGAUUUCAAACCAAAGAAAGGUUUGGAGAAACCAGUCAAAAGUUCUCUGACUGCAACAAGUAAGAAUCUGGCUUCCCAUGAUGAUAUCGAGAAAGCAUACAGACCGCUACAGGAAAACGACAACUAUGAAGAUAUUUGGCCAAAGAAAGAGCGUGCCAGUUCCUACUUAGACAAACUUUUAAGUUGGAAGCCAUCUUGUUUUCAAAUUUGGCAAAGUGAAGGAAGUGAUUCAGAUCACGGAAUCUCGGACGAUGAAGAAUUGCCAAUACUUUCAGAAACGGGUGAUAUCUUUGAGAAGGCUUUGUACUCUAGCACCGAAAUUCAGUCCGUCCAACCUGAAGCUGAAGAUCUAACAUUACCAGACAUCGAUGAACUUCUCCUCCUGUCGGACUCAGAUGAACAGAGUUAAACAAACACUAAACAUCUCUCAUUGAAACUCUCCUCUUUUAAAUUUUUCUGUAUAAUAAAACUUUAUUUUUUAUCAUUUUUUUUUUUUUA